GGAGGAUGCCCAUCACAACAGCAAUUGAGAAGCCUUUGGCUGCGGCCAGAAUGUGUUGCAGAAGCAAUGGAUCUUCGACGACAGGCUUCAAGGUUCUCCUGCACAAGGGGGUCAAAGGCCAACGACCCAACCUGUCCGCUGACACAAAGAAUUAUUGCAGGUGGAAGCCUCUAACGAGCAGCCCCCUUUGUGCACCGGCCGGCAUCUUCCCAGCUCUCCUCCCAGCUCACCUCACCUCUCCUCUCCGAUGUCUGAGAGACGCCUGCAGGUCAACAUGAUGCAGAACCCCACCUGGGACCCCUUCCGCGACUGGCAGCAGGGCAGCCGCCUCUUCGACCAGUCCUUCGGCAUGCCCUUCUUCCCCGAGGAGAUGGUGAACUCGGGCUGGCCGGGCUACAUGAGGCCCCCCGGCUCCAUGUACGACAACGGCUUCUUCUCCCGCGGCCCCAUGGCCCGCGCCCUCUCCCGCCAGAUGAGCAGCGGCAUGUCCGACAUGAGGCAGACGCGCGACCACUGGAGGGUCUGCCUGGACGUCAACCAGUUCUCCCCCGAGGAGAUCGUGGUGCGGACCAAGGACGGCAUGGUGGAGAUCAUCGGCCAGCAUGAGGAGAGAAGGGAUGAGCACGGAUUCGUCACCAGGAGCUUCACUAGGAAAUACACCCUGCCCCCCCAGGUGGACUCUGACAAGGUGACCUCCUCCCUGUCGGCUGAGGGUGUGUUGACCGUGGAGUGCCCCCUCCCCAAGCCCGCCCUGGCAGCAGGUGAGGUGCCCAUCCCCGUCUCCAAGAUGAAGAAAUAAACUAGUCCACCCAACAGGACCCCUAGCAAGCAAGCAAGCAAGCAAACAAGCAGCAAGCACACCUGAGACGACUAGACGAGACACCCCCCUUCAGUUCUAUAGUCACCACUGCUGCAGACACCUGUCCUAAGAAUGUCCAACCCACAUUUCCAUCGUCUGGGUCCUCGUUUUUUUUUCUACUCUACCGUUAUGUGACGUCAGUUUUCUUUUUUUUCUCUUCUUUUCAGAGUAAGGCGUUUCUUAACCUACCAUGACAUUUGCUGUGGUUCUUACUGUCCUGACUGCCCUGACUCGACGACCCUUAUGACCAGCGAUGUGGCGAGUAGGCAAAACACAGUGAGACUCACAUGCAAAUGAAGCGUAUGUAAGAAGUUUGUCUGCCACGUUGGAAGUGAAAUGAGUGUCUGUACUGAAAGUUAAUAUGGGAAAGAAAUA